AGGACAAGGCGGGCAGAUGGGGAGGGAGCUGAGCCAGGAGCAGCUCCCCGGGGAGCCCAGUGCCCGCAGGCCGCUCUGCCACCCGGGCGCCCGGGAGGACGGAGCGAGGGGCGCGGGGAAGCUGUCACAUGGACGGGGGGAGAGCCAGCCCGAGCCGGCGGAAGGAGGUCCAAGGAGAGGCAGCGGCAAGGAACCGGUGCGGACACCCAGGCAGCAUCACCACCUCCCGCCGCACGCCAGCCACGGUCACCCCCAGGACCAGCAUCAGCUCUCAGACAGGGAUGGGGAGGAGGCAGAGGAGGACUUUUUCUUCAGUCACAGGCAGAGGUCUAGCAGAGAGUCCCUGAAGCUCUCGGAAGGCGCUUCACCUCUGUCCAAAUCCAGCAGCAAGUGCUCCACCAAGUCCAGCGGCAGCGAUCGGUCAGAGGAAGCGGAUCCCCUCAUCCAACAGCUGCACCCCAUGCUCAGCUCGGUCUUUGGCCAGGAUAGAGAACUGCGUCCGGAAGAAAUUGAAGAAUUAAGAGAAGCCUUUAAGGAGUUUGAUAAAGACAAGGAUGGGUUUAUUAACUGCAGGGACCUGGGGAACUGCAUGCGGACCAUGGGCUACAUGCCUACUGAGAUGGAGCUAAUAGAGCUCUCCCAGCAGAUCAACAUGAACCUGGGUGGCCAUGUGGAUUUUGAAGAUUUUGUUGAGCUGAUGGGACCAAAACUUCUAGCAGAGACUGCAGACAUGAUUGGUGUAAAAGAACUCCGUGAUGCCUUCAGAGAGUUUGACACUAAUGGUGAUGGGGAGAUCAGCACCAGUGAGCUGCGAGAAGCCAUGAAGAAACUUCUAGGGCAGCAGGUGGGUCACCGGGAUAUUGAAGAGAUCAUCCGGGACGUGGAUCUGAAUGGAGAUGGGCGUGUUGAUUUUGAAGAGUUUGUUCGCAUGAUGUCCCGUUGAAGAUUAUUCUCAGCUAAAGAAGAAUCAGCACCUUAGAGAGGGCAGAAGAGGACCUAGAUGGAGCAUCUAGCCCCGAUGUUCCUACAUGAAGGUUUAUCGGCUGGCUGCAAUUAGGACAUUGCAAGAUGACCUGCUGCUCCUCCCUCAUGGUGGUCCCCAUGCCCCUCCACCCUUUCACACUGUGAAAGACUUGCAACUUCCUACAACUGGAACCAUUCCUUGAAGAUGAUUGCAGGAAACUGCAGAGCCAGGACUUGCCAUGAUGCUUUCAUGGGAUAUUUGCAACUUUAGACUCCUCCUCCCCAGCUUUAUUCUCCCACCAGCUGCUGCAAAGCAAAAGCAGGAGAAAUCCUCUUGGCGUGGUGGAUGAGAGCAAAGCCAUUGGGACUGGUGGCAGCCUCAGGGCGUGCUCUGCACUUCUUGGUUUCCCUUAGUGAACCGUGUCUGUGUUUGCUGUCUCAGUGUGUGUCUAUCUGUGUGGAGUUAUUUAUGCUUCCCCAACACUUAUUUGCAUCUCCUGUGGUUAUGUUUACCAAGAGUAAAUUCAAAUAUAUGUCUUGCGGGGGGAAAGUGAUAAAUAUGCACGUUGAAAUGAUGUGGAGCCUGGAUGUCCCUGUGAGAGGUGGUGGCCGGGCUGGGGAGAAGGGCUUGGGCAGAUGCACAUCCAGUCUGCACCUGGAUCCAGAGGCAAGCCCUUGCUGCAAAAAGGGGAGUCAAUGCUGGCCACUG